AUGCAAAUACAACGAGGUACAACAGAACCAAUGGAUGAAUUGAUUAAAAGUAUUAAAAAUGAUGAAAGUGACAAAACUGAUUAUCAUUUACCAACAACGGAAUCAGAAUUACUAAGAUUAAUGGGAUUAUCUGAAUUACAAUUACAAACAAAUAUAAAAAGUUUAUUAUUACAAACAAUUCAUAUGGCAUUUUUCUACAAUACAAAUCCAUUCAGUAUUGUCUAUAAUGUCAGUCAAUUGAUUACAACACUUAAACAAUUGGUUUUGUCACCAUCUCAUAUGACGACACAAGUGAGUUAUUCAUUUAUUAUUGUUUUUGUCGAUAUAUCAAAAUUGUAG